GUCCCUCUCCCGGCCCGCCGCGCGCUCGCGCCUCCCAGUCCCGGAGCUGGGGUGGGGGCUAGAGGCGGCUGCGGCUCCGGGCUGGGCGGCUGGGCGGCUGGGUGCAGGGUCAGGGCGGGCCGGGAGCGGCGGCGGGGCCGGGCGGCGGAUUGUGCGGAGGGCGGUGGCCUGGGUCUGCCGAGCCAUGGCGGCUGCGGAGCCGGCGCCGAGGCGGGGCCGGGAGCGGGAACGGGAGGACGAGAGCGAGGACGAGAGUGACAUCCUGGAGGAAAGCCCAUGUGGCCGCUGGCAGAAGCGGCGGGAGCAGGUGAACCAGGGGAAUAUGCCCGGGGUCCAGAGCACCUUCCUGGCCAUGGACACCGAGGAGGGGGUAGAAGUGGUGUGGAAUGAGCUCCACUUCGGAGACAGGAAGGCCUUCGCGGCCCAUGAGGAGAAGAUCCAGACCAUGUUUGAGCAACUGGCCCUGGUGGACCACCCUAACAUCGUCAAGUUGCACAAGUACUGGCUGGAUGCCUCUGAGACCCGUGCAAGGGUCAUCUUCAUCACGGAGUAUGUGUCAUCCGGCAGCCUCAAGCAAUUUCUCAAAAAGACCAAGAAGAACCACAAGGCCAUGAAUGCCCGGGCCUGGAAGCGCUGGUGCACGCAGAUCCUGUCAGCGCUCAGCUUUCUGCAUGCCUGCAGCCCCCCCAUCAUCCACGGCAACCUGACCAGUGACACCAUCUUCAUUCAGCACAACGGCCUCGUCAAGAUCGGCUCCGUGUGGCACCGCAUCUUCUCCAAUGCGCUUCCGGACGAUCUUCGAAGCCCCAUCCGCGCUGAGCGAGAGGAACUGCGGAACCUGCACUUCUUCCCACCAGAGUAUGGCGAGGUUGCUGAUGGGACCGCCGUGGACAUAUUCUCCUUUGGCAUGUGUGCGCUGGAGAUGGCUGUGCUGGAGAUCCAGUCCAACGGGGACACCCGAGUCACAGAGGAGGCCAUUGCUCGUGCCAGGCACUCGCUGAGUGACCCCAACAUGCAAGAGUUCAUCCUCUCUUGCCUGGCCCGGGACCCUGCCUGCCGGCCCUCUGCCCACAGCCUCCUCUUCCACCGCGUGCUCUUCGAGGUGCACUCGCUGAAGCUCCUGGCAGCCCACUGCUUCAUCCAGCACCAGUACCUCAUGCCUGAGAACGUGGUGGAGGAGAAGACCAAGGCCAUGGACCUGCAUGCAGUCUUGGCGGAGCUUCCCCGGCCCCGCCGGCCCCCAUUGCAGUGGCGGUACUCGGAGGUUUCCUUCUUAGAGCUGGACAAAUUCCUGGAGGAUGUCAGGAACGGGAUCUACCCACUGAUGAACUUUGCAGCUGCUCGACCCCUGGGGCUGCCCCGAGUGCUGGCCCCACCCCCCGAGGAGGCCCAGAAGGCCAAGACCCCAACACCAGAACCCUUUGACUCUGAGACCAGAAAGGUGGUCCAGAUGCAGUGCAACCUGGAGAGAACCGAGGACAAGGCUCGCUGGCAUCUCACUCUGCUUCUGGUGCUGGAGGACCGGCUGCACCGGCAGCUGACCUACGACCUGCUUCCAACCGACAGCGCCCAGGACCUCGCCGCGGAGCUCGUGCACUAUGGCUUCGUCCACGAGGACGACCGGAUGAAGCUGGCGGCCUUCCUGGAGAGCACCUUCCUCAAGUACCGUGGGGCCCAGCCCUGACCCGCGCCCCAGCUGGGGGCCUCCACGUAGAGAAGAGCCCAGCCUUGCGGAGCUGCGUCCACCUGU